CCGCCGGCCCCGUCUGCUGGGGCGUGUGUUAAAGUCCAGGGGCCGAUCGAGGGGGGCGGAGAGGGGCCGGGGGUGCCCUGCCGGUUACAGUCGUUUCCAUUAACCCUUUGGUGUUUAACCCACGACCGACAUCUUCCUCACAGGCAAACACGGCUUUUGGGCCUGUGCUGUUCCGUGAAGGUUGAAAAGAUGGGAAACGCAGAAAGCAAUGCCUAUCGGAAUCACCUUUCCAGGUUUCUUCCUGAGGAGCAGUCUGACAUUGAUGGAGUAUUUGAUACCUUAUCAGGAUCUAGUGGCUCAGCUGGAGCAAAAAAUGGCAAAGCUACAAAGAAAACUGUGUCUCUGGCAGCACUGCAGGCAUAUGUGCAGGAGCCAUUACCAGACCAAAUGACUGUUCGGUUAUACAACGGAAUGAAAAGUAUUGACCUGACCGGGAAAUCAUCUGCGCCGAGUGAACAGAUUGCUAAAGAGCAGUUUGUAAUUUUUAUGUCAAACCUCUUAAAAGGGAAUGCAGAUGAGAAGGUUACCAUAAUAAUGAGAAUGAUCUCCAAGACAGAAGGGCCUGUGAAGGGCAAACAAAUCCAAGAGUUCACAGAGGAUCUGAUCACGUCUGUAGUCCAUGUACUGAACUACAGGAAGGAACUGAGAGGUUGGAAUUUGGAGAAUACUAGGGAUUCUGCAAGUGGAGUAAAGGCUCUGGCUUCUCAGCUGCUGUCAGAAUUGAAGCUUGCAGAUGGGACAAAACCUGUGGGUCCUCAGCUGAUGGAGACAAAUUUUGAUCAAAGUGUCAUUGAGGAUUGGGUGUACCGAGUUCCACAGAUCUCAGUUUUCCUCAGUGUUGUUAUCAGGCAAGGCCUCCAUGUUCUGCAUUCUCUCCCAGACCAAACCAAAGACAUACUCAACCUGGUUCCAGGCUGCAAAGGCAUAAAAGGAAGAGGACUUGUCAGUCUCUUUGACAUCCCAUCCAUCAUAUACAUCAACUCCCAUCUGCCUGCAGAGCUACAGCACAAGUGGCAGCUUUUAUUUUCUUCUAGGCUUCAUGGAGAAAGCUUUUCACAGUUAUGUGGGCAUAUAGUGAACAAAGGUCCUUGCAUAGUGAUCUUAAAGGACUUAGAUGGUUAUAUUUUUGGUGGGUUUGCGUCUCACCCCUGGGAGGUGAAGCCACAGUUUCAAGGUGACAACAGAUGCUUUCUGUUUUCUGUGUUCCCCUCUCUUGCUGUAUACACAUACACAGGCUAUAAUGACCACUACAUGUAUUUGAACCAUGGCCAACAAACAAUGCCAAAUGGACUUGGUAUGGGUGGCCAGCAUGGUUACUUUGGACUCUGGAUAGACGGUGACUAUGGGAAGGGACACAGUAAAGCAAAACCUCGAUGCACCACCUACAACAGUCCCCAGCUGUCAGCGAAAGAGGAUUUUACACUGGAUGCCAUGGAAGUCUGGGCAGUGGGAGACCUCCCUGAAAGUGCAGGGACAAAAGGUAAGAAGAGUAUCCUGGAUGUAGACCCUCAGGCUCAGGCCUUAUUAGAAAUGGCUGGAAAAAGUCGCCAGAGCGAAGGCCUACGAGAACCCCUUGAAGAGGAUGAGGAUGAUGAUAACUAAAAGAAUCACAGUAACAUGAAAAACAUGUUUUGUCUUUUUUUUCCUCCUGAGUGUUAAUGUUCCUUGGACAGGAUAUAUUUUCCUCAUUUUUUUCCUUACAUUUACUUAAUUAUCUGGGAAAAAGCUUAACCCUCGUACUUAUAUAAUAUUUACGUCCAAUACAAUAUCUUGCCUGACAGAUUUUUUGAGGGAGGACAGAAAAAUUUACUAGCUACUUAAUCAUUAGACAUCUCUAAGUUCUAUCUGAAUAUGAAUUUUCUAUCAUUCCUGAUAGAUCCUGUCUGCAUACAGAAUUAAAAACAAAAGACAAAGUUAUUGACAGUAUGGCUUACUGACUUGGAAAAUUAACAUGUAUUUAUAUAAAGACUGUUCAAGACAUUGAUUAAGGCUCUUAUACCUCAACUGCACAUAUUUAUUUGCAGGCAAUGAAAUUAGUCAGUGAAGCUUGCAAAUUGUAAUGAUGUCUUACAUUGGUAAACAGAAUAGUCUGCGGGAUUUCAUAUGAAUGAUGCUAUUAAUUUGCAUUGGUCCAGUUAAAGCAUUCAGUUUCGUGUUUUCUAAGUCAGAUUUUCAGCAAGUGACUCUAUAUGGGCUGUAAGAUGUACAGAAUGCUAAGUAUUCAAUAUCCAGUUUUAUAAUACUACACUACAGCUUGGUGCAUUUCACUUAAGAGGUUUCUGCAGAAAUUUGCCUAUUGCUUUUUAAACUUAGUAGAACAGAGCCAUUGGGAGUCAUUCAGCCAUAUUUAUCCAAAGAAUGGGCCGUACCUCCAGCAGAAAUUCUGUAGGGAAGGUACCUUCUUUAGUAGCCUCACUUAAGACUGGGGUAAAAGAUCAGGCUGUAAAAAGGAUUAAGUACGAAGCAUCCACAGUUAAUUGGGAAUAGUAUCUGCAGAUACCUUGUUAAAAAAAAAAAAAUCAGGGUUAUGUCUGUAAUACAUUUAAAGAAGAAUGCUGUACGCUUUAUUUUCAUACAAUUAAUCAUUACUGUAUUAGGGAAAAAAAUGCCCGCAAUGUGAAAUGUAACUAGUGGGUUGGAGGUUUUGGUCUGUUCUGUUGGCUGUUCAGUCAACACCAGUUUGGUCAGGCCUCGCAUACUCAGGGCUUUUUCUGCUUGAAUCUGUUCACGUCUAUGGGAAAUUAUUAGUUUGACCUUGCGAAAUUCUAUGUGUAAUUAACUUGUCAAAAAUAACCCUAAUUUCUACCAGGGACUGUCAUUUCUAACUCAGCAAAUUGUGUCUGGUUAUUAGUAUGUACGAUUGUCAGUCUUUCUGCUCCUAAGGAGGAGGACUGUAUCGAAUCCCCUUUGUCCUAACAUGAGUUCGUCUUCUGUGCAGCUUAGAGCAAAAAAUGUGCUGCAACAGUCUAUAAAAUCACUGCAAUUCCUGAUCACAUGGCCACCCUUCAAAUUAUUUCCCUUAGCAUUUUCUUGUAUGUAGUCUUUGGGGUUUUUUCCAUACGCUGUUCUUCAUAGGGAGACAGAUUUGAAUAUUCUGAAUAAUCUGCACUUGUGCCUUAAUGUACAUCCCAUUUUUAAAAAUGUUAUUAAACAAUAGGAAUUUAGCCUUGAAAAGGCAGCACGAAGAAAUGACUCCAGCCAGAGAUCCUAGAACUCUACUGUGCAUUUUGUAUGCCGCCUGGACUAAUGAUUAGGGCACCUAUGCAGUUUGUUCCAGUACGGAGUAUGCUGUGGAAGGCCUGAACUAACGUCCUUUUAUCUUGUAUUUGCUUAAAUAAAGCAGAUAGUCUCCCAAGUUUGUAACAUAGAAAAAAAUGUAAGCGUCAAAACGAUCACACAUACUUUUGUAUUAUUUUCUUCUCUGUGUAUUUUAAUAAGAAUUUUAAAUGGUACAAAGUAGGGAGUGCUAUAUAGACAGCAAGUAAGUGUUCUCUGGAAGCGUGGUGAUGCUGGCUUUUGUUUUAACAUUCUCAAAGUCCCACCCUGUCUCAGAGGUGUUCUGCACUUAGGCACUGACUAAGCAUGCUGAAUACUUGAAGUGGAUGGCAUACAAGAAUGAGACGUGGUUGAAUUUCUGUGGCUUAACUUAAAAUAAACAAAUAGACUUUCUUUUCCUUCCGUUACAAGGUAGAGACUUUUUUUUGGAGGACUGAACCCAUUUGCAAGGAUUUUUUGAAAAAUAAUGAGCAGACACCUUUGCAGACUAUUAUCUGGGGAGGGUGAAUUGCACAAAGCUACUCUUCACCAAAAAUAUUUCAGUGACCAGGUUUUCUUUGAUUUAAAAUAAGUAUCGGUGUAGCUGGUUCUUUCUAGGCUACGAAUCCAAAAUGUAAUCCUGUUUAAACAUCAUCUUGUGCAGAUCAGCAUAGCAUUUUAACCUCUGAAACUGUGGUUUUUGACAAGUUUGUAUCUGAGAUUCUUAAUCUUCACUUUGAAGUGAAGUUGUUAAACUGGGGCAAGAGGAAAUCUGACACUGGCACUUUUACCAAAGGUACUGGUGAAGCACUAUUUACCAGGAAACUACUAAACCAACCAGCAGAUGGGAUUAUUCAAAAUUGUUCUUUAAAUGUAAAAGAGUGGCUUGGAAGAGACUCAGCUUUUUGCUUCUUUUUUUUUUUGUAACCUAAUGAUUAAGCAAUCUGGGCUUCGUUCUUAUGCAUGUAAAAAAACGUUCAGAAGGUGUUUGUCAGCAGUGGGCUUAGCUAUGAUCUAAACAUCUCUCAAUCACUUUUAUGCAGCCCUUGAUCCAACUGCAAAGCUUAACAUCCCUGCUACGUAUGCGAGUCAUCUUUAGUCUCAUGCGCUUGUGAAAGUCAGUCCCUUCCCCAUUAAAUCCAUCCACUACCGUGCAUCAGAUGAGAUCAGCCCUCUGCUUUGCUCCUAUUCCUCAUUCAGGUACAAAAAAAUCACUGCAGCGUUUGGCAAAAGCUGACAGCCGAGGGUUGGCACUUUUGCUCACUACUUUUUCUUUGACACCUCCCCAGAGUUUCCUGGAGAGUCUUGCACAGUCAAGGCUAGACAUGUGGGAAUGCGGAAACACCGUAGGUUGACUGUAGGAAAAGAAGUGCUAGCAAAAGCAGGUCUUUUCCAUCCAUUUAAUUUAAUAUAAAAGGACGGGUCCAAAUCAACAGUCUCAUUCAGAUACUUA